CCGGGACACACCCACCCGCCCGCCCUCCUCGCUUUCCUCCUUCCCUCCCCCUCGCGCUCCCUCUCUCCCGCCCUCCCGCCCUAGCUCCGCGCUCGCUCCUUCUCUCCGUCGCCUGCUCGCGCUUCCCGCGGCGCCCGGCCUCCCGCUCCGCCUCCCCGAGCGCGGCUCUCCCGGGCGCGGCUCCGGGGUUCAUGCUGACGAGGCGGCGGCCGCUUCAGCCCAGCGGCGGCGGCGACGGCGGGAGCUGGGGCGCGGGCCCCGGCUGCCUCUCUCGGAGCGCGGGGCCGGGCGGCGGCGAGCGCCCCACCGCGCCGCGCCCCUGCGCGCCCCCUACGCCGCGCCCCCGCGCGCCCCCCGCGCCUAGCUUGCGGGGGGCCGGGCCUGCGGGCGGCCGGCGCGGCGCGCACCCAUGGACGGUCCGGCCAUCAUCACCCAGGUGACCAACCCCAAGGAGGAUGAGGCCCGGUCGCCCGUCGCGGGCGAAAAAGCUUCCCAGCGCAACAUCAGCCUAAAGAAGCAGAGGGGUCGGAGCAUCCUUAGUUCUUUCUUCUGCUGCUUCCGAGACUACAAUGUGGAAGCCCCUCCGCCCAACAGCCCCAGUGUGCUUCCGCCACUGGUGGAGGAGAACGGUGGGCUUCAGAAGGGUGACCAGAGGCAGGUCAUUCCCGUACCAAGCCCACCAGCUAAAUACCUCCUUCCAGAGGUGACGGUGCUCGACUAUGGAAAGAAGUGUGUGGUCAUUGAUCUAGACGAAACCCUGGUGCACAGUUCGUUUAAGCCCAUUAGUAAUGCUGACUUCAUUGUUCCUGUUGAAAUCGACGGAACCAUACACCAGGUGUAUGUGCUGAAGCGACCUCACGUGGACGAGUUCCUCCAGAGGAUGGGGCAGCUCUUUGAGUGUGUGCUCUUUACUGCCAGCUUGGCCAAGUAUGCAGACCCUGUUGCCGACCUCCUGGACCGCUGGGGUGUGUUCCGGGCCCGACUCUUCAGAGAAUCCUGUGUGUUCCACCGUGGGAACUAUGUGAAGGACCUGAGUCGCCUGGGACGGGAGCUGAGCAAAGUGAUCAUCGUGGACAAUUCUCCUGCCUCCUACAUCUUCCAUCCUGAGAAUGCAGUACCCGUGCAGUCCUGGUUCGACGACAUGACAGACACGGAGCUGUUGGACCUCAUCCCGUUCUUCGAGGGCCUGAGCAGGGAAGACGAUGUCUACAGCAUGCUGCACAGACUCUGUAGCAGGUAGCCCUGGCCUUGGCCCAUCUGUGCCUGUGCACUCUGGAACCUUGGCUCAGGGGACCCGCCCGGCCUCGGCUCACUAAGUGCAGCCCGGGAAGACUCCGUGCUCCGGGCCACAGGGUGAAUGUCACCAUGCCUACCUGGUUUGUUUUGUUUUGUUUUUUUAAAGAACAGAAACAACUAUUUUAAAGGAAAAAAAAACUCUUUUAAUAGAUUUCAUAAACGGACUGCAUUUUACGAGAUUCGAUUUUCUUAAAAACAUACCAAAAAGAAAAAACAAAAAAAGAAGAAGAAGAAGAAGAAGAAGAAGAAGAAGAAAAGCAAAAAUUUUGAUAUCUCCCAACUUCCUUUCAACUGACCUCCCCUUCCAAGCAGACAAACCUGUCCUCUUGGUCACGGUUUGGAGCAGCUGACCCAACUCAGAAUCUCUUUCCUACAGGAUGAAGUGCCUUUUUGAAUGUUAUUUUAAGCUGAAAGUUAAUUUUUUUGUAUACAGCCUAUUUCCAAACAUCUUUUAGUCUUUUACGGUCUUAGAUACUUACUCUAAGAAGACGAACAGGACAAUUUUAUAGACCCCGGUAGCCUGUGUGUGGUGGGGUAAGGAUGUGGUCAGGGAGAGCCCGCCUCCCGACAUGAGUGACUGUGACUGUCAACCGUGGCAUGCAUGGGAUCUCGCUCCCCCUGACAGGACUUUUCUCCUGACUGUCCUUGUGUCGUUUCUGACCAGGCUGGAAUGUACCUGCCAAUGGCCCAAUGCUUUAUGACACAGCCAGUUCCUUUUACCAUGGUUUCUGAGGUUGUUAAAAAUGUGUCUUGAGGUUGCAUUUUUUCCCUUGGGAAGUGACAUUGUAUCGUCACAUGUGCUUUCCCAUGAAUCCACGUGUCUGUCCCUUGUUGUUCUGUUGUCAUUGGUUUGAGGAGAGCAGUUAGAGAAAGCCCUGAAGCCCUUGGAUCUAUCAAGUCCUUCCUUUCAGAAGCUGGGUGCACAUGGAGCUCGCUGAUCGGACUCCGCUGCUACUGCGCUCCUGACACCAAAUGGAACUGACCAGCGGCUGUCACACUGUUCCUUAGCCACUGUGCCUAUGCUUAGAAGACGCUCACCGCUCAGCUGCAGACUCAGACAGGGUCACAGACAGGUGUUCCACCCCAUCAAGCACGGCACCCUUCUUUGGCCCCCAGCCACCACCAAGAAUGCCGAAGGGCACAAAAGUUUGGGGACAAAAACAAAACUGAAGGGCCAAAGCACCGCUCAGGUGUGGCAUGGCAUUCACUUUACACUGCAGUCAACAUCAGAGCCUAAGCUGGAACGCGCCGGUCUCGCCUGAGAACCUGUGGCCUCAACCAGCCGCCACGCUGGUGCGGCUCAAGUCACCUCUCAGCCUCUUUGGAAGCACAGCCUCUUCGAGCCAAGGGUUGGAGAAGCCUGCCUUGAUGGGAGACUCAUCUCUCCAAACCAGGGAGAAGGGCUUCUCCCUGGAGCCUGGGGGUCUCUUCCCACCCGUUCCCAGUUUGGUGUUUAAUCUGUGUUACAUUGAUCCUCUGAAGAACGAACAGAGCCCUUUUGUGUUGGCACCAAUGCCUUAGUCCUCUGUGGGUUGGGCCUCAGCCAGAAUUCUGCUGGGAGUUGCUGGCGUUGACAAGAUUUAAAGUCAGGGGUCAAACUUUAAAAAAAAAAAAAUGUUAUUUUUCUUUCAUUCACAAAAUAAUGAAGCCAGCUACUAGGCCUGUCUUCCCACAGUGCUUGGUCUGGGGAACCACUGUGCAAUCAGAACAGAGAUACGUCAGUGUCGUUCAGAUCACCUGACUGAGUGUUCCGAACCCAGCAAGUCCCGUGCCAAUUAAAAUCGAGACUGCCCCUUUGCUAAGUAAUCAUUUCCACAGGUAACGACAGUUACGUGGCAGAUCCGCACACGCCAUCAACCCUCAUGGAAAACCAGUCAUUAACCGAUCCCGCUGCCUUAAGUGUCUUGGGUGUUUCAGAGUCUGCCGUGUAUUGACUUCCACACAGAACAAGGCCCGGAUGGAACCUCAGAUCUUUGCCUGUGCCUCUUUGUGUCGGUGUCACGGGGCCUUAUUUGAAAAGGGGGGCAGAAUAGACUGAGAUUCCAGAAUAUUUCAGGGGAAGCGAGCGUAGAAAUAUUGCUCUGCUUCAGACAGGUUCGAGGCCAAGCCUUGGCCUUACAGCCCCAGGGCUGUGUGUGCCCAUGCCCUCCGGGCAGAGCUUCCAGGUGGGAGCCCCGUCCUUGCCACCACAAACGUGGAAUGUCUUGGGUGGGUGACAGAGCUUCUGAGGGUUCUGAAAUCUGCACCUUAUCUGACCAACCUCCAAUAAUGCCAAUUUUUAUUUCCUUUUUUUUAAAAAACAAAUCUGCUUUAUGUACAUAAUUGAAAAAAAUCUAUAUUUUUAAUCAGUUACGUGUAAAUGAAGCAAUAGAACUCUAACAAGGCCAAGAAAGGAGACGAAUGUUCGAGGUUUAUUUUCUUAAGGUAAAUACGGGUAUUGCUUUUAAUUGUAAGUUUAUUAAAAUGUGGGCUUGAGAAAGUAUCAGCCAUUUCUCUGUGCCAUAUCCUUCCCACGUUACCAAAACACUCCAUCUCUUUAGCCAAAAGAAACCCCUGGCCUCUCAAUUCCCGUGGUCCUCUCAGCUCCGGGUUAGGACCCCUCUCUUAGACAAGUGCUUUCGAUGCGAGCGUCUAGGACAGGGUGGCUUGGGUUGGUGGACUCCAGCCUACACCUUUUGCUUGACCUCAAGUGGGGGCUUCCUGACCCCUGACCCCUGACCCCUGAGGAUGUUAAUGUUCUUGUCUUCCAUUUGUUCUGGAAUCCUCCAUGUCGGUCUGUGGUCCCCUGCACUAGCUGUUUGUAAACAAUACAUUUGUAUCUUAACCACACCACCUGUCACCAAUGGCAGUGGGUGGAGAUCCCUCUGACACGGUGCGACAUUGUGAGGUGACUUUGGGGACAUGAGGACGUCCACAUGACACUAAAUCAUCCCGGUCACAGCAUGUGAAGUUGGGGGUACGGAGAUGAAUCCUAAAAGUGUGUAGAGCCUGGCAGCAUUUUACAACCCUGUAUUUCAAAGAUGGCUUUCUAAUAAAAUCCAGAAACACACAGCCCUAUUGGUCAAACACUCGUGACGUUUGUGCCUCUGCUUCUCAUGGUGCUGUGCUGGACAGCUGGCAUGCCAGGGUUUGAGAAGAGCGGGUGGCCUACCGUGCUCGAGGUUCCCUGUGCAAACUUGCUGGCUGCCUCUGUUCCUAUUUUACUGUAAAUCUGACCAUGUCUAUCCCUGGAGUCGCCCUGAGGAAAGGUCCCCCCAGGGGUGGUGAUGUUGGUGUCUGGGGAGUUACAAUUUUCUGCUGGAUGUUUGAAUGUGCUGUCCCAGUGCCACUUGGGAAAUACCACAUGUUGGGAUGUGCACGAUGCUCGGGGCAAGUAUUGUCAAUCAGUGAUUUCCCUCCUGCCAAAAAUAAACUCGUCAAACUGCA